GCGCACCCCACAGCUGAAAUAAAAUGCUUGCCUAUAAAACACUGCAUAAUCAUAUUAUCAGCGCAAAACAAAAGGAAAAAAUAUGUUUGCUAAGUGAAAUUGCAAUGAAAUGCGCUUCCGUCAACCUUUUGCGGUCAAUCAGCAUGCAGCUGGUGGGAUGGCGUCUAAAUGCGUUUACAAUCUAUGAAGUUCAAGUUCACACACCAACAACGACAAUAAAAAUAACCACAAAAGCAAUUGUCGUUGGACAUAACAUGUUGCUGUUGUUUCGGUGGUGCGGGUUUUCAAGGUAGCUGAGUCACCUCAACAAGUGUCCGUUUUUGCAGCAACAAUAGAGGCAGCGCUCAGCGGCGUGCCGACGUAAGCAAAGUAAACAAAGUUUCAGACCAUCAAACGCCCCGCCCAGCUGCCCCCGUCGCUGUGCUCCUGCAACUGUUAAUGGAUUUUUCGCGCAUGCGCUGCUGAAAAUCAUCCGAAAGCAAUUUUCUUCGCUAGAAAUUUUCACACAAACCACAUUGACAUUUGUGAGUCAGUUGUCAGUGGUGAAAAUUGCAGCAACGGCUGCCGCAUUGCAGUGAGAAGUGUUAAAAACUGAUAAAUUGACUGAUAAAUGGUGGAAUUAUUGGAAAAAAUUAAGUAAAUAGAAAAUAAACACUCAUUUCAAGUACUAGUGUACCGUUAUUUGAUCGAAAAAAUAGGUAUUAGUAAAAUUUGCUACUAAAACGCCUAAAAGUAUGCAACAUAUUUGCGACAUAUGUUAGGCAGUCAGUACGCACCUUUGCAUAACGCGUAGGCGUUCAAUUACUGUUGUAACCGUAUUCAGCUCGCAAGGUUUUCUUUCAAUUAGUGAAAUUAAAAUUCAUACAAUUUCCGGGCAGAAAUUUUAACACCCCGCUUGCACUUGCCGGUCACCGCCAUUUCGCACGCAGCAACCUGCUGCCUUCAACAUCAACAUGCCCAGUACGCGUCGCAUUAUACUCGGUCACGUUAUGUCCGGCCUCUGCUCCAAGAUGAAUCGUACCAAGCCAGUGCCAGCGGAUGUCAUGGAGACCCCACUGAAGCGUUGUCUCAACACCUUUGACAUAACUCUGCUGGGCAUCGGUCACAUGGUUGGCGCAGGCAUUUACGUGCUCACCGGCACUGUGGCAAAGGAUAUGGCUGGCCCCGGCAUCAUACUCUCCUUCAUCUUGGCCAGCUUUGUCUCGCUUCUAGCCGCGCUCUGCUAUGCCGAGUUUGGCACUCGCGUACCCAAAGCCGGUUCAGCUUACGUUUACACCUACAUCUCAAUUGGUGAAUUUUGGGCUUUUGUGAUCGGUUGGAAUAUACUAUUGGAGCAUAUGUUGGGCGCCGCUUCAGUGGCACGUGCCUGGAGUGGUUAUGUCGACUCGAUGCUUGGCGGUUGGAUUGGCAAUACGACGUUGGCCAUAACCGGUGAAAUGCAUGAGCAGUUAUUCGCACGCUAUCCCGAUUUGCUGGCCUUCCUCGUGUGUCUGCUAUAUGCUGCUGCAUUGGGUAUAGGCGUUAAGGCCACAGCUGUUUUUAAUAGCAUGUUGACGAUGGUUAAUAUUGCCGUUGUGGUUUUGGUAAUCGGUGUGGGUUUCUGAUAUGCGGAUUUGAAGAACUGGUCAGAGGCAGAAGGUGGUUUUCUGCCUUAUGGCGUCGGCGGUGUGAUUGCUGGCGCUGCGACUUGUUUCUACGCUUUUGUGGGUUUCGAUUCCAUUGCAACUUCGUCUGAGGAGGCAAAGAAUCCGUCAAUAUCAAUACCAAUAGCAACGUUACUCUCGCUGAGCGCCGUUACAGUGGGUUAUAUUUUGGUCUCGGCUGCGCUUACGCUGAUGAUACCGAUACGUGAAAUAAAUCCAGCUGCCUCUUUGCCAGAGGCUUUCGGACAAAUGAAUCUGAAUUGGGCCAAGUAUGUGAUCUCGAUUGGCGCACUCUGCGGCAUGACUACCACACUGCUGGGCUCGUUGUUCGCCUUACCGCGCUGCAUGUAUGCGAUGGCUUCGGAUGGUUUGCUCUUCAGCUGCUUUGGACGCAUCAAUACAACAACGCAGGUGCCUGUGCUCAAUCUCGUGGUGGCUGGUUUGUUAAGCGCAUUGCUUGCGCUACUCUUCGAUUUGGAGAAGUUGGUGGAGUUUAUGUCGAUUGGCACGCUGUUGGCGUAUACUAUAGUCUCCGCAAGCGUUAUCAUACUGCGUUACCGACCGCUGGUCAGUCAGGAGCAUGCCAUUUAUGCGCCCGAUACACCUGAUGAGGACGAUGACGACGACAACACAUCGCAGUCGAGCAUCGACACGGCCUCACCUACUAGUGACCUCAUUGAAGGCGCACUUGCCGGCCGCCUGAAACCGCAAUAUCGUUGGCUCGAACCACUACUUGGACGCUUUGACCCCGGUUCGGCUGUAUCCGCCGCAGUCUUGCUCUUUUCAGUGCUCAGCUUUGCCAUUUGCUUUCAACUUGAAGUGUCUUGGCAUGAACUCUACACAGGCUCUUGGUGGGCGCUGAUACUGUACGGUUUUAUGAUUUUCAUAGCAUGCGCUUGUGUUGCUGUUAUAGCGGUACAUCAUCAAAAUACGCGCGGUCUGAACUUCAAAGUGCCGCUUGUACCCUUCGUGCCAGCUCUAAGCAUCUUCUGCAAUAUUGUACUGAUGGUACACUUGAGUGCGCUCACCUGGUUACGUUUCUUCAUUUGGGUCGCCCUCGGUAUGUUGAUCUAUUUCUUGUAUGGCAUACAUCACAGCAAAGAGGGUGAGGUUUGCUCUUCCUAUUCGAUGCUAAUGACCUCCACGGAAGCGGGCAAAUCAACUUGGGGUGCUACGGGUGCUGGUUUCACCAUUAGUCUGAGUGGCAGUGGUGGUGCUGGUGUCAUCAAGCGCACUGUGUUGCAACGUUUCAUAGGCAGGAAGAUGGAUGAUAAUAAACCGAUUGUG